AUGAAUGACGAAUGGAGUCGAUGUGCAAUUUGUUAUGAAGAUUAUUCAUUAAUACAUCGUCCAACAACAUUUAUUUGUGGUCAUUCAACAUGUAUCGAUCAUACUUUCGGUCAUAAUCGUCUUCGUGAAUGUCCUAUUUGUCGGCAUCCAUUGAAUCAACAACAUGAAUAUAAUAUAUCAUAUAAUCUCGAAGAAGCAGCUCGUUUAUAUCAUAUAACCAAAAAUAUUAUUGACUUUUCAACUAUAAAACUUCCAUCAGUAGAUAUUCAAACUAAUCAUACAUCAACAAUACAUUGUAAUGAAAAUUAUGCAUGUCGAUUACAAACUAAAUUGGAUCAUGAAGUUCAAAACGAAGAAACAAUAACAAGACCAACAACAAUUUUAGCUUUUAUCGCAGCCUCAGUAUUAAAAAUGAAAAAACGUGAAUAUACCGGUAAACAAUAUAAAAAAUGUGGUCAUUAUUGUUUUCUUAUUACAACACCUCAAUGUUGUGCAUGUUCUGAUCAACGACCUCAUUCUGAAAAUAGUCGAUAUGAAAAAUAUGUUGAUGGUCAUGGAAUUAAACAUUUCGGAAAACGUAAUGAACAUUAUUGUCCUGGUUGUAAACAAGACUAA